AUGCCCCGACUGUUCGGGGGCCACCUGCUGUCCUGGUGCGCCGGCAAACUGAGUGCCGCGCGGCUGCAAUAUCUGGCGACCUGCGCCGGGGACGACGGCUUCGCCCACCCGGUGAUCGCGCGGCUGGCGGGGCUCUGGCCAGAUCUGAACGCGCGGGCCAGCCUGAUCCGCCCCCUGCAGACCACUGGCGCGCCGCGGUUGAUCACGGCGUAUCCUGGCGAGUUCGCGAACAGCCCCGCGCUGCCAUCAACGUGGUUUCGCGCGCUGCACCAGCAACCCCCUCACGAGUUCCGCAUGCGCCUCGGCGCGGACAAGGUCAAGCUGCGCAGUUUCUGGCAGAAUUUCGGCAGCAGGCCCGCCGGCGCCGACGCCGUGGCCAACCGCCCCAACUUCGGCAGCAUGGACUCGCACUCGCCCCAGACGACGCCUGCGGGCUGCGCGAUCAGCGUCGCGUCCCUCGUCGGCAAUGGAGAGGCCAAUCUGGCCAAAUUCACUUGCGCCUCCCACGCGCAGCGCUCUGGCCAGGGCGACGACUCGCUCUUCUGGCACCGCGUGCUCGAGGACCUCAACGCGCCGGGCGCGGGCUCUGCCGGGGGCAGGGCAGUUGCGCGCGACCGCGACGGCACUCGCUGGGGAGGAGCGCUGCUGUUCGUCAAGUGCGAUGAGGACGCGCGGGCCAAUGACUUCGGCCUGGCGCGCUUCUCGGCGUGCAACGAGGCGCUCCCCGACUGCCUCGCGAAUCGCGCGUCGCGGCCAUUCACUGAUCUGACGGAGGGCGCUGCUUGGCGGCCGGGCGAGAGGGUGCCUUUUGACGCGUGCAAGGCGCGGGCGCGGGGGCCCAACCACCCUCCCGCGGCGAGCGCGCGUUUCUGCCACCGUUUCUUCUUCCCCGCGGACAUCGUGCACCUCCUCGAGUGCAAGGGCGUGGCGCCCCUGGUCUUUGGCCCUGUGAUUAUGCGGUCGUUGGCGGACGUUCGCAUCGGGCCGAACAAUGAGCAGCGCCUGGGGCGCAUCAAUGAGCGACGGCAGCGGUUCUACGACGCCAGGCCAGGGCCUCAUCGCCCCCCGAAGAUCAUGCUGAACAGCUGCACCAGGGGCGGUUGGGAGAACCUUGCUGGCCCGGCACGCAAGGCCGCGAAGGUCCGUGGCGCUGCCCUUUUCUUCAAGGACCUCGUCCUUCACUUCUGCGCGGCUGGAAGCCCCAGGAGCGCGCAGGUGCGCGGGGUGGUGGCAGCGCUGGAUACUGUUUACGAGGUGCUGUGCGACGCGCCCAUGCGCCCCUCCUUUGCGACGGUGGCUCGGGCGCGGCAGCUGGUCAUGGAGUUCGGGGCUGCGUAUCAGCGCCUGCGCGAGCUCUCACGCCGCGCUGGCGUCUGCGGGUUCGCUGCCACGCCCAAGGUGCACAAGGUUCAGCACCUCCCGCUGCUGACGGCCUGCAUCAACCCUGUCAGGGUGCAGGUGUACGCCGAGGA